AUGUCACUGGGGAAGCACCCGGUCACAAGGUUUCAGCAAGGUCUUCCGCCAUUAGACCACAGCACAGAUCAUCCGCCGCAGUCUGUAGCGGGUGCUCCGCUUUUCUAUCUUGUGCAUCACCACAUUCCGAGCUCAAUUUCUAUUGCACUUGCAUUCGGCGCCAAGUCACAAUUACCUUUGCAUCCCCUUUCUAUUUGCACGCUUCCAACCAUCAAAAUGGACUUCACUCCUUCGGACGCUGCUCCCGCUCCUAGCCGCGGCGCCUGCUACUCUUGCGGCAACUCCGGUCACCAGGCUCGCGAUUGCCCCUCCAAGGGUCCUGCUAAGUGCUACAACUGCGGCAACGAGGGCCACAUGAGCCGCGACUGCUCCGAGCCCAUGAAGGAGAACAAGUCCUGUUACAAGUGCGGCCAGCCCGGCCACCUGUCUCGCGAGUGCCCCACCGCUGGAGGCAACGGCCAGUCCACCGAGUGCUACAAGUGCGGUAAGAUGGGCCACAUUGCUCGCCACUGCACCGAGUCCUCGUAUGGCGGCAGCUACGGCGGCGGCGGCGGCGGCGGCGGCUACAACGGCGGUGCUGGCAAGACCUGCUACUCUUGCGGCGGCUACGGCCACAUGUCUCGCGAGUGCGUCAACGGCAUGCGCUGCUACAACUGCGGCGAGUCUGGCCACUACUCUCGCGACUGCCCCAAGGAGUCCACCGGUGGCGAGAAGAUUUGCUACAAGUGCCAGCAGUCCGGUCACGUCCAGUCUGCUUGCCCCAACAACUAA